AUGUGCAUCGCCUUGCUUGCAUUAAAGAACAAUCAGAACCGAAUCCAAAUUAGCAAAUCUUUGCUUGAGUUUUUCCAAACUCGGCAGAUGGAAAAGCUGUUAAGAAGUGGAGAGACUAAUUUAAAAUGGCUCACAUGGGCUGGCAUCCUCUGUUGCUUGAUAUGGACUGGAUUUGCUCAGCAAGGUGGAAGUGACUGCAUAAAAGCUAAUGCAAAAUCAUGUGGUGAAUGUAUACAAGCAGGACCAAACUGUGGUUGGUGUAAAAAAACAGACUUUUUGCAAGAAGGAGAACCAACAUCUGCCCGAUGUGAUGACUUGGCAGCACUAAAGAGUAAAGGCUGUCCUAUGGAAGAUAUAGAAAAUCCCAGAGGUAGCAAACAGGUGCUUGAAGAUAGAGAAGUAACGAAUCGUAAGAUAGGUGCUGCAGAGAAGCUGAAACCAGAGGCCAUUACACAGAUCCAGCCACAAAAAUUGGUACUGAAACUAAGAGUCGGAGAACCCCAAACAUUUUCAUUAAAAUUUAAGAGAGCCGAAGACUACCCCAUUGACCUUUAUUAUCUUAUGGACCUUUCCUAUUCCAUGAAAGAUGAUUUAGAGAAUGUGAAAAGUCUGGGAACGGCUCUGAUGGAAGAAAUGGAAAAAAUAACUUCAGACUUCAGAAUUGGCUUUGGCUCUUUUGUGGAAAAAACUGUGAUGCCAUAUAUAAGUACAACACCAGCCAAACUCAGAAAUCCUUGUACAGGUGACCAGAACUGUACAAGUCCAUUUAGCUAUAAAAAUGUGCUCAGCCUUACCAGUGAAGGAAAUAAAUUCAAUGAACUUGUAGGUAAACAGCACAUUUCUGGGAAUUUAGAUUCUCCUGAAGGUGGAUUUGAUGCAAUAAUGCAGGUUGCAGUUUGUGGGGAACAAAUUGGCUGGAGAAAUGUAACAAGACUAUUAGUGUUUUCCACGGAUGCUGGAUUUCACUUUGCAGGAGAUGGUAAACUUGGUGGAAUUGUUUUACCAAAUGAUGGGAAAUGUCAUCUGGAAAAUAAUAUGUAUACAAUGAGCCACUAUUACGAUUAUCCCUCUAUUGCUCAUCUGGUACAGAAGCUUAGUGAGAACAAUAUUCAGACAAUCUUUGCUGUUACUGAAGAGUUUCAGGCAGUUUAUAAGGAAUUGAAAAAUCUGAUACCAAAAUCAGCAGUGGGAACGUUGUCUUCAAACUCCAGCAAUGUGAUUCAGCUGAUCAUUGAUGCAUACAAUUCCCUUUCUUCGGAGGUUAUCCUGGAAAACACUAAGCUACCAAAAGGAGUGACAAUCAGUUAUAAGUCUUUCUGCAAGAAUGGAGUGAAUGACACACAAGAAGAUGGAAGGAAAUGUUCUAACAUUUCAAUUGGAGAUGAGGUUAAAUUUGAGAUUAAUGUAACAGCUAAUGAAUGUCCAAAGACAGAAGAAAAUGAAACAAUUAAAAUUAAACCACUGGGAUUCACUGAAGAAGUGGAAAUUAAUCUCCAGUUCAUCUGUGAAUGUCAGUGUCAAAGUGAAGGAGAACGUAACAGUCCAGCCUGCCACGAAGGAAAUGGAACAUUUGAAUGUGGUGCAUGCAGAUGUAAUGAAGGACGUAUUGGAAGACUAUGCGAAUGUAGUACAGAUGAAGUAAAUAGUGAGGAUAUGGAUGCUUACUGCAGGAGGGAGAACAGUACAGAAAUAUGCAGUAACAAUGGAGAAUGCAUUUGUGGACAAUGUGUAUGCAAGAAAAGAGAAAACACGAAUGAAGUAUAUUCUGGCAAAUACUGCGAAUGUGAUAACUUCAACUGUGAUCGAUCAAAUGGUUUGAUUUGUGGAGGAAACGGUAUCUGCAAAUGCAGAGUGUGCGAGUGUUUCCCCAACUUCACUGGCAGCGCGUGCGAUUGUUCUUUGGAUACUCUCCCAUGUUUGGCAUCUAAUGGGCAGAUUUGCAAUGGAAGAGGAACCUGCGAAUGUGGCACCUGUAACUGUACAGAUCCCAAAUUCCAAGGCCCCACGUGUGAAAUGUGUCAGACUUGCCUCGGUGUCUGUGCAGAACACAA